AUGUCAUGCCAGGAUAACAUUGCUGCCGGUCAUUUCCUGAUGGAUUCUUUGAUGGGAGGAUCAUCAUCUUCCUAUAGAGGCGAGGGCUACUCCAGCAGCAUCCCAGGAAUGUACAUCCACUCGGCUGCAUCUGAGUAUGGAUGCUCAAUGAUGAGACAUUUUGGAGUAGUUGGAUCGCCCCUUCCCAAAAAAGACGAGGUUCCUCCGAGUAGCCACCCUCUCGGCUCCUACCAAGAUGCGCUUUACCUGUCAUCCCAACUGGGCACUUGGACCUCAGUUCCUAAAACUAACAGUGACGAGCAACCUGUUGCCCAGUCCAGUUUACAACCGUGUUCGUUUCCAAUCGACAACGUCAAAAAGGAGGCGUUCUGUUGUCUGUAUCAGGGUGACAGUAGCAGCAGGGCUAAUACGGACAAUACAGAGUCGGCUACUUACAUUCGGCUUGGGAACAAUAGCAGCAGCCAGACGGACCAAACCGCUGUCUCGGAGGUGUCCGAAUGUUAUGGAGGAGUAAGACGGGUAUACUCCGGAGAGAGCAGGGGACAGCGAGAGGCGCAGUUCGGGACAGGCUCUGCGUCUUUGGCCCCGGUGACGACAUCUGUUGAAUCACCAAGAGAAUCAACGGUUAACAAAUCUACGCAGGAAAAAGUUAGCGAGGAAACGGGCCUCGAAGAGGAAGAACAGCGAAAGCGCAAGAAAGAAGAGAGAGCAAAGACUGACAGUUAUGAUUUUACAUUGGAAAAUGCUCCAGGAAACUGGUUAAAAGCCAAAAGUGGACGGAAGAAGAGAUGCCCGUACACGAAGCAUCAGACACUCGAGCUGGAAAAGGAGUUCUUGUUUAACAUGUAUCUGUCUCGCGAGCGCCGCCUGGAGAUCAGUAAGAGUAUCGAUCUGACCGAUAGACAGGUAAAGAUCUGGUUCCAGAACCGAAGGAUGAAGCUCAAGAAACUCAAUAGUGAAAGUCGGGGUCGCGAUCAUCUUAUGGCGGCCUACAACUUCACCUGA